CGAUAGUUGCGAUCGACUGUUUGCACCACUGUCCAUCGCCGUUUUGUGGACGUCCACUGUUGUCUUCUAGUUGUUGUCCUCGUCCACGUGCCUUUCAUGAUUGACGUCUUUCGGAGGCUACCGCUGUUGGUGCUGGUCGUCCUCUUGCUCCUCCUCUUAGUUGUGUUCCACGUGUGCAUCCUCGGCAACAUUCCACGACGUGCCUGCAGAAGACGGUCUUUGAAGAAGGACGUCAGGAUGGAGGGGCGCAAGGUGAUUUGCAGGUCUGCAGGGGAGCAGGGUGGUGGGCAGCGGUCUAGGCAGAGCCCGUCGAGGAGUUCAAGACCGUCGGAGCGGUCUGGGUACGUGCACCUGCCACCGCACUUGCAACCUUUGUCGGACACGUCCGACGAGGAGGCGGAUGACAGACGGUCACGGACCGUGCCGCUGGGAAGCAGGUCCACCCAGGAGUGGGCGACUACAGAGGUGUGUGGAAGCCGCGACGGCUGUUAUGGCCACUCCUACACCAAACUCCUCCAGCAGGGGCUCAGCGGCGACGAAGGCGAUGGCGGCGUGAAUUUGUCGUUCGGGUUGUGUAGCGGGAGGUCGUCGGCCGCCUCGCGAACGGUCAUCAUCACCCCCCAUCCCGACGACGACAGGGGGCAAGUGAUGGUUGUUGCGCGAUCAUUGAAGUCUCCAACGCCGGUCUUGGAGGCGUCGGGGAAUAACAGGGAUCCUCUGAGGCAGCAAUUCCAGUCGCCUUUUGUGUCAAGGGCCCGCCGUCGUGGUGAAUGCGGGGAGACGGAUUGUGGCAUCGCCGAUCUUGGUGAUGCACGGGACGGGAGGGAGGUGUGGGCAGAACACGGACGGGAGCUGCAGUCGGGGUGGGAGGAAUCCAUAACUCGGGGGGUGCAGCGACUACGUGUGGGGGAAAAGGAAAACGACAGCGACGCAACAGUCAUGGACGUGGACGAUCAAGAGUGGAACGACAACGACAGCGAAGGUGGGGAGGAGGACGCAGGCUACAUUUCCCCGUUCAAGCAAAGCAGCAUGGGAGGGAGGGGCGGGAAGACGAAGGCGUGUGGCCGCAAUGGUCGUCAGGGGGAAAAAGCGGCGGGGAAGGGGAGCAAUGCCGAAGGCGACCUUGAUGCGGAAGGAGGUCAUCAUUUCUGGUCCGCCGAUGACAUUAUAGCCCUCAUCCGGGCGAAACGUGACCAGGAUUCGCAUCUGCAGGGGAUGGGUCACGCGUACGCUCGGAUGCAGUUGCGAGAAUGGAAGUGGUUGAAUGUGGCGCAGAGGUUGAAGAAGGUGGGCGUGAACAGAGACGCAGAUCAGUGCUGGAAGAAGUGGGACAAUUUGAUGCAGCAGUUUAAGAAGGUUCAUCACUUCUAAGGCUUGUCCAGGAAACAAGACUAUUUCCAAUUUUGGGAAAGGAGAGGACGUCGAAGGGCUUCAAUUUCAACAUGGAUCGCGCUGUUUACGACGAG